AGUUUCUCUUGUGCUUGAGGAAAAAAUAAAACAUCUGUUUACAUUGCAAUCUAGCUGCAACCACUCUUCUUUUCUUUUUGCUUGUUGUAAUCUCUUGUCCUGAAUAAUGGUUGCGAAAUUUGAGGGUAGAGCUUAUCUCGCUUCCUUUGUUGAUGCUGUUUUGAACAAGCUGUCUUCUGUCAACUCAACCCCAAUAGCAAGGAAGCUAGCUGACCAGAAGUUGCUUCAAAAGUUGAAGGCAUGUCUCCGUGCCGUUCGACCUGUGCUUGAUGAUGCUGAGCAGAAGCAGAUCAAAGACCAAGAAGUGAAGAAGUGGCUUGUUGAUCUCCAAGAUUCUCUCUAUAUGGCUGAUGAUUUGCUUGAUGAACUCUGUACUAAAGCUGCCACUGCCACUCCCAUUCAAAGGGAUCCAGGUAACUCUUCUUCCUGGUCUCACUAUGUUGAUUCAAUCGUGGAAUACUGUGAUGUUGAUGAGAUGGGGGUAGUAAAUAGCACGCAAGACAUUGUUGAUAAACUGGAGUCUAUUGUUGAAGAGAAAGAUGAUCUUGGUCUAAAAGAAGAGAUUGCCAAAGAUCUGGGGGACAUGUCAUGGAGAAUUCAAUCAUCUCUAGUUGAAAGUUCUGAGAUAUUUGGAAGGGAUAAUGACAAAGAAGCCAUCAUAGAAUUGUUGUUAGAUGAUACCUGUGAUGCUAACAUAUCUGUGAUUCCCAUUGUGGGAAUGGGCGGAGUUGGAAAAACUACCUUGGCUCAGUUGGUUUACAAUGAUGUCAGAGUGGAGAGGAAAUUCGACACUAGAGCAUGGGUGUGUGUUUCCGACCAAUUUGACAUUGCUAAGGUUACAAAGACCUUAAUAAAAGCAGCAGAAUCUAGUUCUUGUAACGAGGAUGAUUUGAGUUUACUUCAAACUGGAUUGAAGGAUAAGUUAAUGGGGAAGAAAUUCUUAAUUGUUUUGGAUGAUGUGUGGAUUGAUAAUUCCAGAAACUGGAAAAGUCUUCAAAAACCUUUUCAAUAUGGGAAAAAGGGAAGCAAGGUUAUUGUAACAACUCGAAAUGAUAAUGUUGCCGAUGUAGUGAAAACUAUUUCAGCAUACAAGCUUGGUUUAUUGUCAGAGAAAGAUUGUUGGUCACUUUUUGUGAAACGUGUAUUUCUUUCUACUGCAUCGAAGGAGUAUUCAACUCUAGAAUCGGUUGGUCGAGAACUUGUCAAAAAGUGCAAAGGGCUACCUUUGGCGGUAGAGGCCCUUGGUUCCUUAUUACGUACAAUAAACUAUGAUGAAAGGGAUUGGGAUAGUGUAUUGAAAAGUGAACUUUGGGAAGUUUUUGAAGAUCAGAAUGACGAGAUUAUUCCUGCCUUAAAAAUUAGCUAUCAUUACCUUCCUUCAAAUCUAAAGCGAUGCUUUGUUUAUUGUUCUUUGUUUCCAAAGGAUUUUGAAUUUGAUAAAGAUGAGCUGGUCUUGCUAUGGAUGGCAGAAGAACUUUUACAUCCAAAAGGAAAAAAGACUCUGGAAGAAACUGGUUGUGAAUAUUUCGAUCAAUUGGUUGCUAGAUCCUUUUUUCAGUCCUCUAGCACUGAUGACAGCUUCUAUGUGAUUCAUGAUAUCAUGCAUGAUUUGGCAACAAUUUAUGCUGGAAAAUUCUAUUUUAGAGCUGAAAAACGUGAAGAAAACAUCGGGAUCAGCAAUAAAACCCGUCAUUUAUUGCAUAACUCAAGAGGAAACUAUCCCUUCUCACAACUAGUGGAAGCUUGUGGUAGGGUAAAAGAUGUGAGGACAUUUCUUGAAAUAAAUUUGGGUCGAAAGGAUCCGUUCAAUAUGGAAAAUGCUCCUCAUGUCUUUGUAUCAGAGUUGAAGUGCUUAAGAGUUUUGUCAUUUAAUACCUUUCCUCUUUAUUCAUUACCCGAUUCAAUAGGUGAAUUGAUUUAUCUGCGUUAUCUGGAUCUCUCAAAUACACCUAUAGAGACAUUGCCUGAGAAAUUGUGUAAUCUGUACAAUCUCCAGACAUUGAAGUUGAAUCAUUGUCAUUUGCUAAUGGAGCUACCCGAGAAUAUGCAAAAUCUUGUAAAUUUACGUCAUCUUGAUAUUGAAGGAGCUGGUCUUAAAGAGAUGCCCAAAGGAAUAAGCAAAAUGAAGGAUUUGCAGUUUUUAAGUGACUACAUCGUCGGCAAGCAUGCAGAGAAUAAUGGAAUUAAAGACUUGGGAGCUCUCACAAAUAUUCAGGAGUCGCUUCGCAUUUGCCAACUAGAGAAUGUCAUUGAUGGUGAUCAAGCUUCGGAGGCAAGAAUUGCUGAGAAGAAGAACAUUAGGCAUCUAUAUUUGACUUGGUCAUCAAACAAUCAUAUGGCUGAUUCUCAAGAUAUACUCAACAAUUUAAGGCCUCACACAAACUUGAGAGAGCUAUCAAUCGAUAACUACAAGGGUCAAACAUUUCCAAAUUGGCUAGGACAUUCUUCCUACAGAAACAUGACUGAAAUCUACUUGAAUGGCUGCAGCAAUUGUCUUGAGCUUCCUUCACUUGGACAGCUACCCUCUUUGAAGCACUUGUUUCUCAGCGAGUUUUUCAAGUUAACGCGCAUCGGUGCCAAGUUUUACAAAGAUGAUGAAUCUUCUUCUUGUGGCGCACCCUUUCCAAUGCUUGAAACUCUCAGUUUUUAUAACAUGUAUGAUUGGGAGGAGUGGCUUUCAGUUUCAUCUGAGUUUGAGUUGGAUGCUUUUCCUCGGCUUAGGGUGCUAUCAAUGCGAUACUGUCCUAAGUUAAGGGGAGAUUUGCCCAUCCAACUACUUGCUCUGGAAAGCCUUUGCAUUCGUCAAUGUGACCAACUUGCUUUCACUCUUCCAAGAGCAGAUGCAAUGCUAGAGUUAUCUGUUGAAGGAACCCAACGAGUGGAGGCGGUGUUUGAGGCCAUUGGAUGCAACCAACUAAACUGUCUACAAUCUUUAAGCAUCUCAAUAUGUUCUUCGUCCAUAUCAUUUCCCGGAGCAUGUUUGCCCUCUGCAUUGCAAAACUUGGACAUUCACGGUUGUCCGUAUCUAGAGUUCCCGAUGCCGCCACAACAGCAGCGGCACGAGUCGUUGCAGUCAUUAUCAAUAUCCUUCAGUUGUUGUUCUCUCGUGUCCUUACCAUUGGCAAGCUUUCCAAAUUUAACUAAAAUUACAAUUUCAUCCUGUAAAAAUAUGAGGUCUAUUGAGGCAUCAGAUCCUAUUGCUACUUCAACUUCAAGUCUCCGCUCUUUACACAUCGACAACUGCCCUAGUUUUGAGUCUUUCCAGAUGGUUGCACCCCAUCUAGAAUAUCUCUUCCUAAGAGAUUGCCCAGAAAUUCAAUCGUUCUUCGAAGGGGGUUUGCCACCUAACCUGAGAGAUCUUGAAAUCCAAAGUUGCAAGAAGCUGGUGACGUACCUAGCAUCCAUGGGCUUGGGUGAUCACUGUCUUACACAUCUUGACAUCAAUCAUCCUUAUGAUAACAUCAAUUCCUUCCCCAAGGAUGUUUGCCUCCCGCCCUCCCUUGAGAGACUCUGUCUGCGAAGCUUUCCAAGUCUAGAAAUCUUAGACUGCAAGGGACUUGACCAUCUCCAGAUGCUAUUGAUAGAUCAUUGUCCUAACCUCAAGGAUGUCGCAGGGAAAAGCUUUCCCGCUUCUCUGUCAAUGCUCUAUUUCAGUGGAAGUUCUUUGCUGAGGAAACGGUGGCAGAUGAAGGACCCGCUAAUUUUGUCCAAAAUGUCCCACGUCCGCAACAUCUGUAUUGACGGGUAUUGGAUUUGAUGACUCAAGAAAAGUACACUAACUUUUUCUGUCCAACAUCUUUAUCAG